AUGAACUCGGCGACGAUUAGGUCGACUGCGCGCUUGCACUUGCGCUCCCCCAGCGCUGCCUUGGUUUGCCAGAGACUGACCGCAUCAGCACGGCCGUUUACUUUAUCGUCCAAGCAUGGUCUCGACUCGCGGCCUGUUUCAUCUGCCAGCGCUGGCGAUGGCGUUGCAUGCCAGAGCGCGCAAACCUCUUCAGUGCACGCAUCAGAGAUCGAGCAUUUCAGUCGGCUUUCUUCGAAAUGGUGGGAUGAGCAUGGCGAGUUUGGGCUGCUUCACGCGAUGAAUGCUGUGCGCAUUCAAUUUGUACGCGAAAAGCUCGACGAAGUAUGGGGCUACGAGCUGGCUCAGCAACAAGUCUCUGCUCGGUCGGGCAAGACGCCAACGUGCACCGGUCCGACGUCGUCGACAAAUGCACGCAGUGCAGUGGACAACUUGGGGCAGACGCAAUUUCUGCGCAAUCUCGACGUCGCUGAUAUCGGGUGUGGAGGAGGACUUCUCUCGGAAUCGCUAGCGCGACUUGGUGCACGUACAACCGGCGUCGAUGCGAGCGCAAGCAACAUUGGUAUUGCCACAACACACGCUGCACGAGAUGCACUGCUCUCGCGUCGUCACGCUCUCGGCGGCGCUUCGCUGAGCUACCUGCAUUCCACUGCGGAAGAGCUGGUCGCACAGAAUCGCAGCUUUGACGUGGUCUGCGCCAUGGAGGUACUGGAACACGUCAAUGGACCUGCCGAGUUCCUUCGUUCGCUCGACAAACUCGUCAAACCCGGUGGUCAUCUUUUCAUGUCUACGAUCGCGCGCACCCCUCUCUCGUGGUUGCUGACCAUCUUUAUGGCCGAAGACGUUCUCCGUCUCGUCACUCCUGGUACGCACACGCACCACCAGUACAUCAACCCACAGGAGCUCGUCGAUUUCUUUCAAGACGACUUAAAGUGGUACGGCAAGCACUCGACAUUGCCGGAACGACUGCAUUUCGAGGUGAGGGGUACAGCCUACUUGCCGUGGAAGCGCGCAUGGACACUGGCAAAGUCGCAGACCAGCUUGCCUGGCACGCGCGAAUGCAACUACUUUUUCUGGGCACGAAAGCCACUUUCUUGA